UCUGGGAUUGGUGACUUUCCAAGAUGGCGCCGAAAAACGAAUGUUGUGAUGAACACCAGAAGAUCUGUAAACUUCAGGCUUGUGUGCGGGGCAUGUUAGUGAGAAGAAAGCUGAGGCAGCUGAGACAGCAGUAUGAAGCCCUGGUGCAGGAGCUGGCAGACCCAGCCUGCCAUGUUGACAUUACAUGGACAUCCACACUGCCAUGUGUGCCUACUGUCAUACCCAAGGACAAAUCAUCAAGAUCUAGAAUGGAAGUGAAGCAAACUACAGACAAACAGGUUGGGAAAACCUCAGAUCAGGAGAACAAACAGUUGUUAAAGAAAGAUGCCAGCACAGAAACAGUUUUUCCUCAGAACACAGGAGAAGACUGUAGUGAGAGAGCUAAAACUGAUGAAACAGAGAACACAGAAGGAGAAAUUGUGAGGAGGACAACUAGUGACAAAGAUGAUGGUGAAACAUUGGAUGGACUUCAAACUUGCAGCAGUAACCAAGAACUGGGCCAGCUUGGUCUAAAGAAUGGAAGCAAACCACCACAAAGUGAGAACCAAGACAACCAAACAGGAAUAAACAGUUCAGGCACAGAUGCUGGUAUAGAUGCUGUGAGAUUGAAUGAAGUACAAGACAAGGGGAGUCAGAGAGGCCAUUUUGACACAGAGGGAAGAUACGGAUUGACAAGUGAACAGUGUACCCCUAGCCAGAGGAUGCAGGAAAGCACAGAAAAUGAGAACCCCUGGUCCAGAAAUGCUGCAUGUGAGUCAGUAGACCUUCUCCCCACUACUGACACCAGCUCCAAGUCUGGUCCUACAGACCCUGAUACAGGACAGGCAUCACUAGCAGACCAGACGUCUAUUUGGGAACUGGAAGACUCUUUUCCAGGUGUUCCUGAGAUGCCUGUAUCUUACCUGACAGAUCCCACAGAGCUGGGGAAGAUGAGAAGUCACAUCAGUAUGGAACUACUCUGGGUUCAACAGGCCAUCACCAGUAGGAAAAAUUACCUGAGGAUGAAACACAACUUGGAGCACUGAGAUGUGAUGAUGUUUCAGUACUGAAGUAUGACUUAGUGAAGAUAACAACUUCAUCAUCUUCUUGUCGUG